AUGGAGCCACUGACUACCCAGCUACGACAUGGUGACGAAGAGACAAUCGAGUGUUGGGAUGAUGACGGGGAUCUGCAGUGCUUCGAAGACAUCCAUAUUCGCACGGCUUCAACCACAACAUCGAUAACAAACUCGUCCAUCCUCCGAUCUAGUCACCGAGACUCAAUAUCCUCCCGCCGAUCUGCUCGCUCCGACCUCGAUUCGACCCUUGGAGAUGAUGAAGACUGGCAGGUUCAGCUUCAGGAUGAUGACGAGCUUUUGAGCGAAGAAGCCAUUGCAUCUGCUAAGGGUGCUGGUAUCCCACUGCCAGCCAAUAUUCCCAAAUCGGCCCUCAUUGGGGGGACAAUCAAACGUCUUGGAAGGAGGAAGCCUAGAAGAAACUUUGUGGAUGAUUGGACGGAUGAUGUUGAACUUCCGGGUCCCGAUACUGUUUUGGAACUCAAGAGUGUUCAAGAGACAGCAUUCCCUGAAUCCCUCAGGCAGCUUAGUUCUGCUGCUACUAGCCCAGUGAAGAGUCCGACUGCAUGUUUCUGGGGGGAUGAUGUUCCUACACAGUUGCAAUCCGCCCUGACGAACUUAGAUCGAGCAACCGAUCAUCUUGGCAAUGCCCUCCUCGACACUAAUGACAUUGACGACGACGUCCCCACUAUCCGAGUUGCAAUGCCCCGAACGCCGGAAACGACUUCAACCGCUCUUGAAUCCAGCCGUAUGAAAGUGAACAGAGUAUUAGAGAAUUUGGAAAGCGAUUUCGAAUUGCCGGUAGAUGAUCUCCCUCUUCGUCUUUCUACGCGCAAAACCGGCUUGGGCGCGACAAGCCCGACCCCUGAGGAAUUUGACGUGGAGUGGUCCGAAGGCAGUAUUGGUGUUCGCUUUGGAGGUACACAGAGAGACCAUCGCUCAAAUCCAAGCUCUAUAGUCUCUGUUGUCAGUCCUAGUGCAUCUAGUUGCCUGACAGGUGAGAGUGAGGACGAGGGACUUGAUGGUCUUAUUAUCCCUGAAGGUCCCUUAGACCUAGAGUCAUCUUUGAAGAAGCGUCUCGACACCUUUUCUCCGAGAAAUGUGCAAUAUCCCAAGCCGGGUCAAGCUGAAACUGACGCGGCGGAUACAGACGAUUUUCUCUUGGGUCUGGAUAUUGAAAGUGGUGGUGCCUUUGAUCUGAAGAAACUCUCUCUUAACCCCAAUAUCAAAUGCAAAACAGAACACCCAGGGAGCCCCGCGCGCCGUUCAGCAACCUCCAUUACUUUCACCAACACCUCGGUUUCCCCGAAAUCUCGGAUUCCGCGCCUCUCGAGCCAUGACCUUCAUUCCACUCAUCUUGAAACCGUUUCUGAGAGUGGAGUUCCCUUACCCAAAUCACCGAGCUCCCAAUUCCGUGUGAGAGGCCAUGCCUCGCAUGCUUCUGUCUCUGGUUUUCCUUCUGCAAUCCCAUCGACAUCACCGACUCCUUCGACUUCUGGCCGGCGGCGCACCGCAUCUCGGCUGACGAGAGACUCGUUGAGCGGCGAUCAACCUUCGGCUAGGAACCAGGUUCUUCGAACAAAACGAUCUAUGCCGACCAUGAGAAAUGUCCAUCUUGCGGCAACAGUGACCUGUUCCCAGAAUUCUCAGCCCCAGCAUGAUGAUUCGAUGCGUCCAUACCCCUCCAAUAUUCGUCCUAAAACCCCAGUCGAUCGCGUCGGGAAUGAUCUGAGAUAUUCAAAUCGUAGGUCUCAAAUGCCUUUCAUUCCGGCUGGGGCUUCUGAAAAACAAUCUCAUCAUGUCAAUGUUAAAAGUCAUCGACACUCGCGGUGGACAAACUCAGAUAGUUCUGCCGAAAACCUUGGCUCACAGAUGCCUAUGUUCCGACAUCCUCGAUUAAAGCGUCAAAUCAACCUAGGGAGUAAUACGGAAGAACCAAGACCUGAGGCUCUAAUCACCGCGCCGAAGCAGGCUAUCACCAAGCCCACGCGCAGGCGCAACUUUGGCGACGGAAGUGAACUGGAAUCAUUCGACGAUCUACCCACAUCUUCCUCAAUAGAAAGAAGAUUCAUCAAGAAUCCUACCGGUCGAGGUGUUCCAAAGUCCAUCCGGGAUAGAUUUAGUCAAAAUCGGAGUCUAUAUUCACAGAUGGAUCAUCCAGACUCGAAGCCCACUCCUGGCACUAUGUCAACCAUGCCAAAUCUUACGCCCCGGUUUGCGCGGGACACAAACGCUUCAAGAACCGCGAGAGAAGAGCGGAUUGCGUCGAUGGCGUCUAGUGCGAAGAAUCGAGCGAGCAACGCACUGAGUCCACUCAGUCCAAAUUGGAGGACUCAAUCUAGCUCACGUACCCCUUCGGCCUCUUCGACCUCCUUGCCGAUGAGAAGCCAGAAGAAUAAAUCAUUCACAUCGUCUGGUGGUAAACCUCUCCUGAUCAAGCCAAUGGGCAAAGAGGUGCAAGAGCCUAGAGCUGUCAAUGGGAUGCGUUAUAAUCCAAAUACGUUUCGGUGGGAAGGCAAUGAGACAUCUGUCCAUGAAUUUGAAGCUGAGAAAUUGCCAAUGUCUCCCAAACCCGCACCUGCUCUGAUCACCAAUGUCGGCGCAAUGCAGAAUGUGCAAGUUGUAGGCGGGAUGGUCUUCGACCCGCAGCGCAUGUGUUGGCUGAAGCUGGCCCCAUCCCAACCAGGAGCUAAAGGUCUGGUGGCGGUUCAACUCGAAGACGAUAUUUUCGCCGGCCUGGAUGACCUUGAAGAAAAAAGUCAGGAUAAACUACAUUGCGGACGGGGUAGUUGUCAGAACGACGCUGGCCAUGCCGGGAGUGGUGAUGACCGAAGCCUCGGAUACUCAUCGGACGAAUGGCCCAUCACGGAAGAAUUUGAUGUCGGCCCUGAAUUCAUUCGACGCCAACGCGUGGAGGAAGAUAAAUGGAGACGCAAGGUCGAUCGAUGGGUGAGCAUUGAUCGGAGUAAGGCUGGACAAGGUUGGAGAUGGGCCAUACGGGAUAUAGUGGGCUUCAACAGUGUCCGGGGAGCCCUCGGAGCCCCAGAAUUUCACGGUACGUGA